CUGUCCUUCUCCUCUUCUCUUUUACUGUCAGUUCUGGUUUGCCCAUCUUUGCGUAUACAUCACGCGGUUUUCUUUCUGAUGCUUCAGGAUGAACACAACAGGCAAGGCCAUCACUGAAGGCUACAAAGAAGUUACCACAACUACGUUUGACAAUGUGUCCUGCAGCAAAUCUAAUCUCGGAGCAGUCAAGAACCUACCUUCACAUAACACAACAUCUCGACCUGACUGGUUACUCUACACAGUUCCUGCGUCAGCCUUUCUGAUUGGGAUUGUUCUGUUCACGUACAUCUGCAAAACACAACAGCGCAGGAACAUGCCAACAAAGCAGAGGACAAACACAAUUGGACAUUUUGCCACGCACACCGAAAUUGGGCACACUGAGAGCGGUACUCAGAGGUGUAUGGAGAAUGCUGAAAACAACAAGAAGGAUGAGACGCAGUCAUAUGAGAAUGUAGAAGCAGCUAUCUACAACAAUCAAGACAAAGUCACAUACUAUGUUUCUGCAGAUGAAGAUUAUCUUAACCCGGAUGCAGUUGGGGAAGAGGAAGUGGCGGGACCACAGGAACAUCACAACACCUUACAACUGCCUAGCAAUUUGACAGAUAUGGAUGGAGAGUCGUAUGAGAAUAUGGAGGAGUGUUUAUAUGCUCAACCUCGCAAACAGACACAGAAACUCCGACACGCCACUGAAGACGAAGACUACAUCAAUCCUGAUGAAGAUGGAAAACAAGAUCUCGCUCUGGACCACGCAGACACUGAGUCGUAUGAAAUGAUGUCCGGGCCAGACUGUCUGUACAACAACACAGGCUUUACAGCAGCCCAUGGCACCACGGAGGAUGAUUCAUAUGAGCUGAUGAAUGGAAUCCCAGUCUCGUUGCAGACAGAGAUGGAUGGAGGAAGGCCGUGUGAAUGAAAGAGAUGCAGAGAAAUAGACAACUGCAGUCAAAUUGCAGUUAAAAGAGAGAAACUAAAAGAGUCCCUUUUUAAAAUUUAAACCUCUGAGAGCAGCUACUGGAUGACAGUUAAUUAUUAUUUUUUAUAUAAAUAGCCUAUAUCAAUUAUAUAAUUACAUCAAAAACAAACUUGAGAUUGAAAUCAAAAUGGACUAUUUACUUGUUUCAUAGACUUUUAUUGCACAAGUAAUCACUUCAAAGAAACAAUGACACACAACCCACGUUUCACUAUCCAAUAAAAUCCUGAAUUUCA